AUGUCUAAGGUCUGGACCACCAUUGAUGAAAUCUCUUCACCUGACAAGCUGAAGAGUUUGGAGCUCGACAAUGGCAAGAAGUUCAUCCGUGCAGGUGUUUCAGACAAGGAACUUGAAGGUGCUGCCAAAACCCUGAAGAAACUCGUCAAAACCAAAAACGAGAUAUCCGAGGGCAAGUCACCAGUUCUUGUCGCGUCUCAGAGCACCUUGAAAGCACCGGAUCGCAACUGGGGAGCUCUAUGCUAUCUCUGGUCAAAGGUUGAAGACGGAUGGAACUUCUUUGUCACGAAAGUCAAAGAAGGCUGGAACUUUGUCAUCGAAACAGUCCAGCAUGCCGCAGCUGCUAUUCAGACUAUUUUUGAAGCUAUAUCGGAUGGAUGGGAGUGGAUCAAGCAGAAGCUCGGUUUCAUCUUCUCAUGGUACGAUAUAAUCUCUGUCAAGAACGUUCUUGUCAAUGUUGCGACUCGGGGUAUUCUCCUAGCUGCUGAUUCAACUCAGCAAUUGGAGGAGAAGGCUCAAGCGUUCUUUGAAAAGAUACAAGCUGGACUUGGAAUGCUAAAGCAGUAUCAAGAGAAACUUCCGCGAGAAAUAAUGGACAUCCCUCUUUCUGCCAAAACCAACCAAGAACGGCGGUUGAAGUCCACAAACAACGAAGUCCAGAAGCAGGUUCAGAGCCCGCAGGGUCAAUAUGGUAUUUACCACGCGAAACACCGCGGUGCGGCUGUUGGGCCACGAAAAGAAGGGGAGUCAACGUGGGACCGACUUUGGAAACGACUGCAGGAUGUUGUCGCCAAGAUUCAGACCCUCAUACUUCAGCUUGGCAAAAACAUCUUCGCCCUGCUUGGUAAGGAAGAUGUCACGGUUGGAGAUCUCAUUUCCCAAGUCGGACUUGACUUUGCUCAAGACUUCAUCGCUUUCGGAUCCUCGCUUAUCACUGGUAUCCUUGGAUCUUUGAGCGAUUUGUUCUUGGAGCUUGCCGAUAAGAUCAAUGCCGAGAUCAACAUUCCCCUUCUUUCACCUCUUUACGAGUUGCUCACUGGCAAUGAAUUGAGUGUACUCGAUGCUGUGUGCCUUAUCAUCGCUAUCCCGACUACCCUUGUUUACAAGACCACUACAGGGUCUAAUCCUCUGGAUAUCAAGGGUGUUGAUGCAUACACUCGCACGGACGAGCUCAAGCGGGAGUUGGUUACCCGCAUUGCGAGAAGCAAGCCACAGCCUAUGCUUGAGAUGCUGCCUAUAAAGGCACAGAAGUCACAGGAAGGUCAAAAGUCAUCGGCAUUCGCCCAGAAGGCUUCCGUAUUCGGAAUCUCGGCAUCACAGGCUGUCCCGGAUAUGAAGCCACCGGACAGAAAGAGCGUUGUUACAGCUCGUACUGACAACAGAACAAUGGCCGUAGCGGUAACACGCCGGCCUCGAAAGACGAUAAAUUCGAAAAGAGCCAAAAUGAGUUCACGAAGGCCCAAGGAAGGAAUCACAGGGAAAAUCCUCAAUGUUGCCGUUGCAACAGGCGGGCACAUUUGGUACAACGCCGUUACCUUCCCCCCCGUCUUCACGCCCGAGGGACAAGUAUGGUUUACCCUCCUCUCGGGCGCCGGGAAGUUCGCGAUUUGGUUGACUCAAUUCGUGCAGCUUGCCGAUUGGGAUAUCGAAGAGGGCGAUGAAACUAUUGCCAAAAAGCUCAAGGACGAUAGCAUUUUCGUCCCGCGGUUCGUCAGUUGGGCUUUCGGCGGCAUUGCAGUCCUUGGUCGCUGCUGGAGUAAAUACGCAGGUAACAUCGGUGGCGUGAUAACGACGAGUGGGCAGGUCUUUUGCCUUGUCUGGGUCAUUAUUGAGAGCAUUGAUGUCACGGGGUCAUAUCCGCCGUUGCUGGGUGUUGAAGAGUGGUUGAAGGUAAUUGGGAAGUUUGGAACGCAUGUUUCUGGUAUUGAAGGUGGUGCUGAUCCGUACAAUGCCGGUUUUUCACAUGCUUUGUCGAGUGCUGGGAAUAUCAUGUUCAUGACGAGGGCUGUAAAUGAGCUGAAAGGGAGAGUUUCUCAGUAUAGUGGAGUCGAUAGCGAUUAA